AUGGACGUCGGAGGAGGACGCGAUUCUUCUCGCGCACGUCACGGCGCACGGCACGACGAACUGGGGACUGCUCAAGAGCAGCGGCCUGCUACCUUUCUCGAGCUCUCCCCUUCCGCGGAUGCCGCCAUGUCUCCCGCGCCUCCAUCGUGGGCGGACGCCCCCAAGGCUCCUCAUGGCUCCGCGCCCGCGCCAUCCGCCACCCACCGCGCCGGCUCCGGCCCCACUCGUGGUGUCAUGGCGCAAGUCGGGACCGCGUCCUCUCCCCUUCCCCCGCCUCCUGCCGUCGCCUCAACUGCGCCAUCUGCCGCGGCAACCGCAGAUAUAAAAGUCGCCAGCGGACCCGCAGCCGCCGGUUCGUCCGCCCAUCCCGCCGCUUCCGCCUCAGCUGGCGGCGCAAGCGGAAGCGCGGAGGUGCGGAGCGCCAACGACGAGCCGAAGACGCAGCAGGAGAUACCCGGGCUGGCCUCCGCUACGUGCAGCGGAACCGGGCGCGGCAGCGGCGGGUGCGGAAGCACCACUCUGGAACCGUGCGUCCCCGACGACGACGCGGAUGGCGAGCAGGCGGGUUCCGCGGAGGUCCUGCGGCCGCCAGCGCUGUUCGAUAUGAGCGCGCGGGGGUCAGCGUCCGCGACCGGGGCGUGCGGCGCGACGGGCGGAGCGCAGUCGGGGCUGGAAUGGGAGACCACGGGGCUCAGCCACAAGCGGGCGCUGUCGGAAGGCGGGAGCUUUAUGGCGGCCGGCGCGGCGGCAUCCGCGGCUGCUGCCUGUGGCGAUCUUUCCGACAUGAAGCGCCUCCGCCGGUUUGUCUCUGCGGCGCGUUCGCCGCUCCGCGGGGAUACGUCCCCGCAGGGAGCCUAUGGCGCAUCACUGGUCUCCGCCGCGGACGGCGCGGGCGCGCCGCGCGCUAUGUCGGUGGAUGGCAAGUCGACGUGCGGGGGGUCUGCGACUGGCACGCCUGGCGGGAGCACUGCGACGACUGGGGGUGGCGACGUCGACAUGGACGUCGCAGGGGUGGCGGCGACGGCGACCGCGCCGGCGGCGACUAAUCCGUCUGCAUCCACGUCAGCUGUUUCAGCGCCGCGGCACUCCGACGGAAGACGCACGGGGCUUGGAUUAUCCGCGUCAGCCAUUCCUCGCGCCGCGAGCGCGUAUCAGGAGACCGCAUCCGAGGGUCUUCCGCGCGCGGCGUGCAGGGCUCUUCCGUCCGCUAAUAUGCGCAAUCUCUGCAACAUGCUCGGUCUCGACGCCACCGCGCCCUCGCUUCCUUCUGCCACUGCUUCCGCCGCGCCCGCCGCGGAGGUCCCCCCCGCGCAGUUCCCCCUGCCCCCCGCGGGCCCUUCCGCCCACGGCCAGCGGCGCAGCAACAGCCCUCUCCAGCACGCCUCCCUUCGCAAGCACCACACGCUGCCGAACCACUCUGUGCCGAACCUGCUGGCGAAGCUGCGGCGUAGGCACGGACAUGGCUCGGCAGGGGGAGCUCCUGGUGCGCACUCGGGGGGCUCCGCCUCUCCGCCCCUUGGGAGCUCCGCGGCCAAUGUGCGCCAGCUCAUGAAGGCGCUCGGCCUUCCCCCCGUACCCUCCCCGCCGCAGCCCUCCCUGCUUCACGCUGCAGCCACGGCGCCCACCGCUCUCCACCGCAACGCACCUGACGCGGCCGCUGCGACUCUGCCCGACGCGACGGCGCUGAGCAGCGUGGUGGGCGGGCUGCAGGCUCAGCUGCACGCGAAGCAGCGGCGGCAUCUGCAGGCGCAGCAGCAGCACGCGGAUCCCUCAGCGCUCGCGGGCAGCAAUGCCGGCGCGUUCGGGUUUCCCACGUCCGUGGACGGGCUGUUUGACUGGAUCUCCCAGCCUGUUGGCUCCGACUCCCCCUCUUUCCACGCUGACGCCUUUGCAGCGUGCGUGGGCGGCGACUCGGGCAUGGAUCCUGCUGCCCUGUCCGCUUCGUCCGCCUCUGCUGCCGCGGCUGCAGGGGAAGGCGGGCGGAGUCGUGUGGGCGCGGACGCAUGGAGGAGUGCAGCGGGUGCAGGGCUGUGGAUCGGCCCGGGUGGGGCUGCUGACUCGGUGGGAGCGCUCACUGCAGGGCUGCCUGGGGGCCCCUGCCUGCCCUCCGCAGAUGGCAGGGCCCCCAUCGGUGGCGGGCACUCGGUAGGCACCAUGCGCUCGGCGUCUCCUUCGCUCACUGCCACUGCUGCCACUGCCGGUGCUGGCGGCACCUCUGCUGGGGCGGCGGCGUGUGAGGCGUUCAACCUGUCAGUGGUGCGGCAGAGCUACUUGGAGUCGAUCAAGGAAGUCCAGGGCGCGGCGGGCAUUGCAGACAUGCUCUCAGGGACAAUGCCUCCCUGCAAGCCCAAAGGAGCCUUCGCUUUAUCUGCUGCCGGCGCUGCCAAUGCCGUUCCCACGGGGCUUGGUGCAGCGACGAACGCUGGCACGGGCCUGGGGAGUAGUGCUGUAGCGGAUGGUGGAGUUGGUUUGUCUCAGGAGAGGGAGCUGUUGCUGCUGCAGCAGCAGGAGCAGGAGUUGCGGCAGGAGCUGCGGCUGCAGCAGGAGCAGGUGAAAGCAGAGCGAGCCUGUGCACCUCUGCAGGAUGCGAGUCCGUUUCUUUCCACAGGGCAGCUGAUGUUCCUGCAGCACCAGCAGAGCCAGCAGCAGCAGGCUCGGAUGCGGAAUGAGGCGCAGGAGCAUGCAAAGGCGCUGAGGCUGUCACAGCUGCAGCAGCUGCAGCAGCUUCAGCCGGGUGAUGGGGGAGGGGGGGGGGUGGAUUAUGGGGUUCUCUUGGAGGAGCUGCUGCGUGAAGCUCAGGCGGGCCAAGUGGAUGGGGAUGGGCAUGGGCCCGACCACCUUCUUGAAAUGAUGUCAUCCUGA